AUGUUACAUGCUCAUGACUCUUUAUUUGCAGAGUCAGCUCGGGUUCAUGCUUCUGAGUUAGGCAUACUUGCUAGGGAAUCAGAUCAAAGGAUAACGGAUAAUACACAAUCAUUACAAAAGCAACUAAAGAGUGACGAUACCAAUGGAGAAGCAAGCAAUGAUAAAAUUAAUAAUAGUAUGGAAGAAACUGAGCAUGAAGAAAUGAAUAAUCAGUUGUACAAUAUGGAUUGA